AUGGAAUAAAUAUUGGAAAAUGUGGGAAAAUAUCAAGGAAAUAUACAAGAGAUUUUUGUGGGGAUGUUGAAAUACCUGCUGAUCAUCUUGAAGGGUUGAUGGUAUAUGAAUAUGACAGCUUGUAUCACCUAAAUGACUCUCUGCCAGAAGGGAAAGGCAUAGUUGAUGGAACAAACAUCUUAAUAUAUGUAACAUCUCGAGCCAGCAGAUUAUGCCAGAAUUCUGUAGCUCACUCCUCUGUAUGCCGUGUGGACACAGCAGUGGUUGGUGGCAUACACAGCAGAAGACCAGUGGUAGGAUAUGUUAAUUUAUGUGGGAACCAAACAGAACAACUAUCAGAAAUAACUCUAAGAAGGGUUUUUGUUCAUGAAGCUAUUCACAUUAUAGGAUUUAAUUAUAAAAGUAUCCAAGAGUUUAUUACCUGUGACCCUGGGGAGGAUGAAGUGUAUACCACCACCAACUGCAGUGCAUUAUUCUUCUCUGACCCAGCCGGCAACAGUGAAGGGAAUAAUUCAGUUAACAGUAACCUGGAGAACAAAAUCCUGUUGUGCUGGAAACUAACAGAUGUGCUCAAGAUUGUUAGGAGAGAUAAAGUCAUACUUAAGUCAAGAUACAUUGAAGAGGCAGCCUUAGAGAUGAAAUCUGUUUUGAUCGACGACUGUGUGUCUGUCCGUAAUAAUUAUCAUGUGAGAACCCCUGAUUGUUUUGGUGAGCUGAACACAACUCUCCUGGAGUCUGCAGCUUAUGAGAAUAUUAGCAGAAUUUUUGAUGAGUAUGGCGGUAUUAUCUUGGCAAAGUCGGGCAGUGGUGUACACUUACCUCACGAGAUGUUUACAAAAACUGUAUCGGUGAUGGUUCCUGGGAGUGUGGAGUCGGGGAAAGUUGUUGUUGAUCCAUUGACGCUGGCCUUACUCAUGACCUCAGGAUGGUAUAGUAUCAACCAGGAAUUUUUGCCAUGUUUGAAUUGUUUUUUGAAUAUUGAGGCAAACUCAGAAGAAUGUGUUAUACCCGGAGAAAAGGUCAAAGUUCCCGUCCUAGGUGAGGAGGAAGGUCAUAUCCCAGAGAGAGGAACCUCCUCAACAGCCUUAAAGAAUUCUACUGAACUAAACCAACUUAAUACUUCAGUCCAAGAUAAAUUAUUCCAAAAAGGAAACCAAACUAAUCUUUAUAACAUCCCCAAAAAAGUCUCGCUUGAAGGUAUCAGUACGCCCGAUGACUCUGAAAACACCGGAACUGUUAAUUCAGAAGGAACUAAACAUUGUCCCUCUUCCAUUAUCUUGGCAGCAACUCAAAUCUUCAACGUUGUUUUAUUUCUUAAGUGGGAGUGCCACGAGGUCUGUCGCACCGCAGCAUAGCAUCAUCAUCCAGUCCUGUCCUGAAUGUUACAGAACCUUUACAGAAACAUGAAGAAUCACCUGAUGAUGAUAUGAUUGGUCAACAAAUGAAGAAUGCCCUCAAGCAUCCAGAUUAUUUUAAAGUUGCUGAGCUUUUUACUGUAGAAGAUUUAUUUAAUGCUCGUGUCCAUCUUGGUCACAGGGAAGGAUCCUUGGACAAUCACAUGAAACAAUUUGUAUUUGGAUCCCGCCUUGGUCACCUAAUUAUUGACUUGGAUCAGACUGCAGUUCUUUUACGAGAUGCACUUAAUUUCACAGCUCACAUAGCCUUCCGGGGUGGCAUUAUUCUGUUUGUUGGUCGUCUCCCCAAUCAUCAGUUUAUUAUAGAGAACACAGCGAAGGAGUGUGGUGAAUACUCCCAUACACGCUACUGGCAAGGUGGUGUCCUCACAAAUUCUACCAUCCAGUUUGGGUGUAUAACAAGACUCCCAGAUCUUCUAAUAUUCCUCCACACUAUGAACAAUGUCAUCUAUCAACAUUAUGCUGUGAGAGAUGCAGCCAAAAUGCUUAUCCCAACAGUAGGAAUUGUUGACACAAAUUGUAACCCAAACCUUCUUACUUAUCCAGUUCCUGGUAAUGAUGACACUACAUCCUCCAUAAGUUUAUAUUGUAACGUGUUCAAAAUGGCCAUUUUAAGAGGCAAGGAAAAACGUAAAGAAUUAUUAGGUAUCCAGUAACAAUUACACUCCAAGAUUUUUUGUAAAGUGCAGAUAUUAUAAUAUUUAUAAUGUAAAUAAACUAAUGAAAAACUGUGACCUUAAAUGCUUGGGUGCAUAGAACUAUAAAUCCAAUCAUGAAAUUUGUAGACAUUUUGAGAUUUCUUUUAAUUACAGUAUGUUAUGUAACUUAAUAUUGUUGAUUCACAAAUUCAGGAAUUAAAUUUUCAGUAUUUUAUUUAACAUUAUUAUCAUGGAUUAAAUUUAAUCUUUUUGUUAAUUAAAUGUUUAUAAUCAAAUGUUUAGUAUUUUUUUAUAGCUAUCAUACAGUAGUACAGUACUACUUGACUUUUUGAGUGACUAAUACUGUCAAGAAUUAAGUACUGUAACAGUAUGUGACAUUCCGUACAGUUUUAGUAUCCCUAAAGUUUUCUGGUUCCAUAAGAAGGGAGAAAAUGUAGACUGGAAACAUGGCAAUGAUUAGAGGUAACUUUUUGUUGUGACCUGAUGCUCUUGUUUUUUAUCACAAUAAAGAACCAUUGAAACUAUGAUUGUGAAAGGAGAAAGUUUUUUAGGCAUAUAAUGCAAUACAUGGUACUGUGCACAAAAGUCCAGUUUACAGUUUCAUUCACCAGCAGCUUCCAAUGUGGACUGCAUCAAAACUCUUCUUAAACUGCCUGAAAAUCUCAUUUUUCUUUCAAGAGCAUCACUUUAAUGAUUUGUUGACCAGGGUGUCUCAUAGGUCACAUACCAUAGGAUUUUUUUUCU